UGUGUAGAGAGGAGGAGACGGGAGAGGAGGAGGUGGAGGCAGAUCGAGGAGAAGCAUGAAGAUUAUCCCCAGUAUCUGAGCUAACAGACGGGGAGAGCAUCUCGUCCUCCCUCGCUCGUUCGGGGCCGACUGGAAGCGGAGGGAGGCAGCGGGGCUGAGGACAGGAUGGAGGAGAAGAAGCAGUUUCUUUGUGGGGUAGUGGAAGGUUUCUAUGGGAGGCCUUGGACUAUGGAUCAGAGGAAGGUUCUCUUCCAAUGGAUGCAAAGUUGGGGAUUGAACACCUACUUGUAUGGCCCAAAAGAUGACCUCAAACACAGACUGUUGUGGAGAGAAGUCUACUCCCAUGAAGAGGAGGGUCAGUUGCGCACUCUCAUAAAGGAGGCUCAGUCGAGAGGCCUGAGGUUUGUUUACGCCCUCUCUCCUGGUCAGGACAUUGUCUUCUCUUCUUCCUGUGACCUGACACUACUCAAACGCAAGCUAAGACAGGUAUCAGACCUGGGUUGCCAGGCAUUUGCCAUUCUGUUUGAUGACAUCGAUCACUCCAUGUGUCAGGCUGACAGUGAGGCCUUUUCUUCAUUCGCUCAUGCUCAGGUCACUGUAACCAAUGAGAUCUAUCGGUACUUGGGGGAACCACCUGUCUUCCUUUUCUGCCCCACAGAGUACUGUGGUUCUCUGUGUUCUCCCAGUGUAUCGAAGUCUCCCUACCUGCAGACUGUUGGAGAGGACCUGCUGCCCAACAUAACAGUAAUAUGGACAGGCAGUAAAGUAAUCUCCAGAAAACUGUCUGCAGACUGCCUGGCUGAGGUGGAGUCUGUCCUCCAGCGCCCCCCGCUCAUCUGGGACAACCUGCACGCUAAUGACUACGACUCCAGACGUCUCUUCCUGGGGCCUUUUAAGGGCCGAGAGCCUCAGCUGAGGAGCCACCUGAGAGGCCUGUUACUCAACCCCAACUGCGAGUUCGAAGCCAAUUACAUCCCUUUGCAUUCGCUGGGGAGCUGGUACAGAGCUGGAAAAGAGGAGAGGAAAGAUGAGGAGUGUGAAUAUUGUCCUGAUAGAGCUCUGUCUGCUGCACUUCAUGAUUGGAUGGAGGAACUCAACCAACCACUACAAGCAGGUCGUCAGAGCUCACGAGCAGACCAGCGUUCCUCCACUCCAACAACUCACUGCAAAACACCUGACAGAUCUGACUACCCGUCCACCUUCAGAGGAUCCUCUGCCGUGGCCAAGCUUCCUGUUUUUCCCCUGAACUCAAGUUCACCUCCGUCGUCACCCACGAAAGUCAAGGGUGAAACAGAGGGACGUGAUGGGGAGAGGAGAAGGUCAAACCAGCCUAGUCAACCCAAUCACCAACCUCCAGGUUCCAGGCCUGGUGCACCCUCUGGUGGAGGCCGGGGUCAGAAGGCACAGGGUCUGGGGCUCUGUGGUGGGAAGGGUCUACUAAGUGAGUCCCAGGUGCGGCUGCUGGUUGGGCUUUAUUAUCUACCCCACGAGCAUGGCCCAUCUGCCCAGAAACUGCUGCAGGACCUGACCUGGCUAAAGGCAAACUGCCACCUGGUCAGUGCCAACAGCAAGAAGACAACACCUCAGAAGAUUGAUGAGUGGCGCGGUCGGUCCUCCAGGGUCCUGUCCCUGUGUGAAGACAUAGCACAGCUCCACUGCAGCGUGGUGGGUGGGGCCAAUAGGGCUGUGCUCUAUGACCUUUAUCCUUACGUGUGGGACCUGAGGAACACGGCUCUGCUGGCAAAAGCAUUCAUAUGCUGGCUGGAUGGAAGAGUGUUGAGUGACAGCUCAACUCUGGGCACCUGGAAGAACUGCUUCCACUGGUGUGGGAAGGCCUCGGGGGCAGACGUACUGGGAGUGGAGUCAGAGCCAUGGGCGUUCAAAGGAGGGGUGUCUGGGGAGGUGCAGAUGCUUCUCCCAAUAGGCAGCAGCAGUGAACUCUUCACUCAUCCUCCUCCGCUCUUCCCUACCUCUCGUCUCUAUAACAUCAGGCCCUACCACAGCAAGGACAAGUUGGAGUUGUAUCGCAUGGUGCGCCAGCUCCACCUGAGGACUCAGGGCGGCCAAGAGUCCAGCAUUGCUCACCCAGAUGUCAUAGGAGACAGAUGCCUCGGACCGUGCCUGGCGUUGUGCCCGGAGUACUGUUUCAUCCUGGAGGAUGAGCUGGGUGUGUGCGGCUGCGUGUUGGGCAUCCUGGAUGUUCGCUCGUUUGCCAAGCGGUGCCAGGCCAGCUGGAUGCCUGCCAUGAGGGACAAAUACCCGCCCAAAGGGGGCAACACACACCCCAACACACAGGACCUGAUCCAGCUUAUGGAGGAGGACCAAGGAGAGUAUCCAGACUCUCUUCUCUAUCACUUCCCCUCUCAGCUGCGACUGGAUGCGCUGCCUGAGCUGGUGGACAUCAGCGUCAGCCGCACUCUACUCACCGCCCUGCUCACUGCACUUAAGGCAAAUGGUUCUCAGGGUGUGUUCUGCGAGGUGCAGCCGACAGACCGUCAGAGGCUGGAGUUCUUGACAAAACUGGGCUUCCUGGAGAUCCUCAGAGGAGAAGCCAGGAGCAGAGAGGGAGUGGUGCUGGGGAGGCUGCUCUGAAAAAUAAACACACACACACACACACACACACACACAUUCACACACAUACACACGACCAGACACACAUUAAGCACUUGCAUCCAUACAGUAGAUACACAGAGGCACUUGCACACACAGAAAGAUGUUAGAAACACAGUAUGUACAGUACAGUGUGGAGAUGGCUAAGCUUUGCAAAGAAGCAGGAUCUGUAUUUUCUCAAGAGAGAAAACCUCCUUUAAGGGACAAUCCUGGAUUCCUUUCAGUCUGUGUGGCAGCAGUAAUGGGGAUGAACCCAGAGAUUUCUGAAGGAUUUACAAAAUAUAAUAUAAGCUUUGAGUUUAAACCUUCAGCAGAGCCACGCUAAUCUUUUUUGGAUUCCACCCCUGGCUACGGAUUACAAGAGUUAGUCAAGUUACAAGGAAGUCAACAACAGAAUAGUCUGAGAUCGGAGCAGAGCAGUAGAUCACAGUAGCUACGUGGCACACGUGUCAAUUUAAUUAAUAUUUCUGUAUUUUAUAUCAACUAUGGGUUACGUGACUUAUUGUAUGCAAAAGGAGUCAUUGAGAGUGAUCAUCCAACUCUGGGAUGCCUCCUGGCAACAAUUUAGCAUCUUUCAGCUCAUUGUUUUGUCUUGUUGUUUUUCCGACCCACUCUUCAAAGCUUCAUAUUUUUGUACAGACAGCAAAUAAUUGUAUUUCACAGAAUUUCAAACUAUACCUUUAAGCUGAUAGAGACUAAUUCUCUUGAUUUAACGCAUGAUGUGAUUUUGCCAAGUAGGUCAUGCUCCUGGAUCAACACCCCAUAUUGCGUUCCUGGACCAACACCGCGAUCAAUGAAUCACAGCCCUCUGACAGCAUCAGUGUGCUGCUCCUGUGCUUCUUUCAAAAAUCCUAGUUUUCCAAAUUGAAGUUAGUACCAUAGACUGUAUGGUUAGUACAAAUCCUCAGUAACACUGAAGAAAAACCAUUUCAACUACUGCUGGGUUAGCAAGUUAGCUUGCUAACUAGGUUGGCUAUGCUAAUGAGUAAAGCGAGUUAGCUUGCUAACUAAGUUGGCUAUGCUAAUGAGUAAACUUGCCAAUAGAUGAGAAUAUUGGCAGGCUAGCUUGCUAACUAGGUAGCUAUGCUAAGAAGUAAGCUUACCAAUAGGCUAGAAUGUUAGCAGGCCAGCUUGCUAACUAGGUAGUUAUGCUUACAGGUUAGCUGGCCAAUAGAUGAGAAUAUUGGCCAGCUAGCUUGCUAACUAGGUAGCUAUGCUAAGAAGUAAGCUUGCCAAUAGGCUAGAAUGUUAGCAAGUUAGCUUGCUAAGUAGGUAGGCUAUGCUAAGUAACUGCUAAGUAAGCUGUUCACAAACAGAGUCGCAAAUUCCUGCAAUUAACACAUUUACAAGGUUUUUGUUAAAUUUUAUUGAGGAUUUUGUUCAAUUGUAUUUACUUCAAUUUGUAAAACUAGCUUAGCUCUGAAGAAGCACAAGGGAAUUUUGAAAGAAGCACAGGAGCAGCAUACUGAUGAUAUCUGAGGGCUGUGAUUGGUUGAUUGUCUUGUUGGUCCUGGGAUGUGAUGUGGGAUGUUGAUCCAGGAGCAUGUCCUACUUUAGCUGUUGGCGUCGAUCUUAUGCUCUGCUCCUUUGGUUUUGUUCAUAAGCGAUACUUUUUUUCUUCAAAGUUAGGAUGUUGUUUUCUUGCUCCUGUCCUGUUGGUGAAAUAAAGUCUGCUGACAGCAGGCUGAGCCCAGGCACAGCGUCACUGUUUACACUUGAUUAGCAUAGGUGAAUGUUUACAUGCAUGAAGAACAAAACAUUGUGGAAAAAAACAGAACAUUCACAAAGUAGAAUUACAUUGACACAAACGCACAUUCAUAAUUUCAAUGGAAUGCUCUAAAAUGGCAACAUUACUGAAGAUUUUUAUUGGAUUUUUCUCAGCCAUUAUAGCUAUAAAGUCUUAGGAGCAAGUGCAUGUAUGCUAAAAUUCAUCUGAAAAAAGAAAGAAAAAACAACUAAAAUCAUCAAGUUUUUUAGAUUGUGCAUGAAUACAAUCAUGCAGACAUAUAACGCGCACACACACACACACACACACACACACACACACACACACACUUAUCUGAAGUUUACACUGGGUUCAAUUGGAUAUUAUAGAUACCUCUCUCGCAUUUCAUUGUCAGAUACUUUGAACAUCACCAGUGCAUAUGUAUGGUGUUUGUGUGGGUGUGCAUGGUGUCUUUGUGUGUGUGUGUGUGUGUGUGUGUGUGUGUGUGUGUGUGUGUGUGUGCAAACAUACCAAUUAAGACAGCCAUGUCAUUCUGCCUUUAUUCUGAACCAUAAUGAACACAAGCAUACAAGCAGACACACACACUCACAGUCAUGCUAAAAGAAGCACAACAGCACUCACAAUCAAAUCUUCGACUGAAAGUACGUAGAACUACGAAUGUUCAUUUUUUUGUAAUGCAGCUUAAAAAGACAAGUACUGUUUGUGCAAGUAUUUAUAUUUCUA